AUGAACAAGAAUUCAUCGGAGUCGAGCAUCGCCGCUCGGGAUUUGCUACGGGGCCGGGAGGCAGUUGAAGAAUUUGACAUUGUCAUAUCGCGAAUCUUCACCACUGCAUAUCGCCCCCAGGGAUCACCUGGAUUUAUCGCAAAUUUCGCAGCUACAGUCGCUGAAAUUGGUCAUAGGAUGGACGCCAUGGCUCUGAGCGUUCAGGGGCUUGCCGAGGAUGCACCGAAGACACAGCGACGCUCCGAUAUCCGGCUGGUGGAUGAAUGGCUGGCUCUCAGACAGGCACGUCGCGUCGCAGUCUAA